ACCCCUCCGUGAGUCGUCACCUUACCGUGGUGGAGGGGUUUGUGUGUUCCAAUGAUCCUAGAAGCUAAGUUGUCUGGGGCUUUAUGCCCCUGGCAGGGUCACCCAUGGCAAACAGGUUCUAGGUGAGGGGCCAGACAAAGCACGGCUCAAAAGACCCCUUAUGAUGAGUAAAAUUAAUGGAUCUCAGUUUCCCUUGCCCGGACGCGGGUCACCGGGGCCCCCCUCUGGAGCCAGGCCUGGAGGUGGGGCUCGUUGGCAGGCGCCUGGUGGCCGGGCUUACACCCAUGGGGCCCGGCCGGGCACAGCCCGAAGAGGCAACGUGGGUCCCCCUUCCCAUGGGCUCACCACCCAUGAGAGGGGCCAAAGGGGUCGGGUGCAAUGUGAGCUGGGCGGCAGCCAAAGGCGGGGACCCUGGCGGUCCGAUCCUCGGCUGCAGAAGCUAGCUCUUGGGACAUGGAAUGUCACCUCUCUGGCAGGGAAGGAGCCCGAGCUGGUAUGUGAGGCAGAGAAUUUCCGACUGGAUAUAGUCGGACUUGCCUCCACACACAGCCUGGGUUCCGGUACCAGUUCUCUCGAGAGGGGUUGGACUCUCUUCCACUCUGGAGUUGCUCACGGUGAGAGGCGCAGAGCAGGUGUGGGCAUACUCAUUGCCCCCCGGCUCAGUGCCUGUACAUUGGGGUUCACACCGGUAGACGAGAGGGUUGCCUCCCUCCGCCUUCGGGUGGGUGGACGGGUCCUGACUGUUGUUUGUGCAUAUGCACCAAACAGCAGCUCAGCAUACCCACCCUUUUUGGAGUCCUUGGAGGGUGUGCUGGAGAGUACUCCUACUGGGGACUCCAUUGUUAUGCUGGGGGACUUCAAUGCUCACGUGGGCAAUGACAGUGAUACCUGGAGGGGCGUGAUUGGGAGGAACGGCCCCCCCGAUCUGAACCCGAGUGGUGUUUUGUUAUUGGACUUCUGUGCUCGUCACGGAUUGUCCAUAACGAACACCUUGUUCAAACAUAAGGGUGUCCAUAUGUGCACUUGGCACCAGGACACCCUAGGCCGCAGUUCGAUGAUCGACUUUGUAGUUGUAUCAUCGGAGUUGCGGCCGCAUGUUCUGGACACUCGUGUGAAGAGAGGGGCGGAGCUGUCAACUGAUCACCACCUGGUGGUGAGUAGGCUCCGAUGGUGGGGGAAGAUGCCGGUCCGUCCUGGCAGACCCAAACGUAUAGUGAGGGUUUGUUGGGAGCGUCUGGCGGAAUCCCCUGUCAGAAGGAGUUUCAACUCCCACCUCCGACAGAGCUUUUCCCAUGUUCCGGGGGAGGCGGGGGACAUUGAGUCCGAGUGGACCAUGUUCCGUGCCUCUAUUGUAGAGGCGGCCAAUCUGAGUUGUGGCCGUAAGGUGGUUGGUGCCUGUCGUGGCGGCAAUCCCCGUACUCGCUGGUGGACACCAGCAGUAAGGGAUGCCGUCAAGCUGAAGAAGGAGUCCUAUCGAGCCUUUAUGGCCUGUGGGACCCCAGAGGCAGCUGACGGGUAUCGACAGGCCAAGCGGAACGCAGCUUCGGUGGUCGCCGAGGCAAAAACCCGUGCGUGGGAGGAGUUCGGUGAGGCCAUGGAAGCCGACUUCCGGACGGCUUCGAGGAAAUUCUGGUCCACCAUCCGACGUCUCAGGAGGGGGAAGCAAUGCACCACUAACACUGUGUACAGUGGGGAUGGGGCGCUGCUGACUUCGACUCGGGACGUUGUGAACCGAGUACUUCGAAGACCUCCUCAACUCCACCAACACGCCUUCCUUGGAGGAAGCAGAGUCUGAGGACCCUGAGGUGGGCUAUCCUAUCUCUGUGGUU